GUUCCGCUAAGGAAUGAAAAUGAAAUGAAUUUUUGUGUUCUCUCGCAAAGAGAAGGGACAAAGACAGAAACAACACAACUAACUGCUUCUAUUCUACUACUACCUUAAGAAUAAGAAGUUGACUCUCUCUUUCUUAAUUAUUAACAUUCCAAUCAUGCUCACAACAAAAACGCCUUUUCAUCUUCUUCUCUUUCUUCUUAUCAUAUGAUUCUCUCUCUCUCUGUUGUUGCCGCCGCUUGUAUAUACCAUCUAUCUGUCACACAUAUUUUUAAUCCAUCUCCUUAUUUUUAGCUAUUUUCCAAUUUUAGCAUUUUUAUUUUCAUCUUCGUUGUAAUUCAUUUUCUUUUUUUCCCAUCCCUGAGCUCAAUGGAGAAGGUGGUUUCAAUUCAAUCACCAAUCUUCUCCUAAUCUAUCUAUCUUUUUUCAAGAAGGGGAAAAACAAACAAACAAAUUCAUCAUUUUAUAACUUAGCAUGAAAUUAGGAAUUUUUAACAAUUGGGAGCUGCAUCCUUUCGUCAAAGUUGAGUUCUUUAUAAGGAAUCUUGAGAUUUUCAUGUCAGGGGCACGAUAUUCUCUUGAUCAAUUUGGAAUAGAAUAGAGAUUCUUCUUUUAAGGUACAAAGAUUUUCUUUUGAAAAUUGUGCUUUUUUAGUAUACUAUUAUUUGGUUUUCUUGAAAUUCACGUUUUUUUUUAAUUUAAAAAUUACUACAAAUGAUUGAUUUUUUGUUUUUUUAAUAUUUAAUGAGCAGUUUGAGACCCAGGAAUUCAACUGUUGCCUAGGUUUAAGGAUCAUGUGAUAGUGGUUUUUGGCAGUUUCAAUUAAUUCCUUUGGUGAAUUGAAUGAAUGAAUGAAGGAUUCUAUAUAUAUAAGAUUUUUGGAUUGAUUAAGGUUUGAAGAUUCUAUGUCAGGCAAUUUUUGAUAAGGCAGUGACUGUGAAGGACAAGGACCCCUUUUCCUUCUGAUUGUAGUUAAUUGUUGUUUUGAUUAAUUAAUUAAUUUGAGGGAUAUGAGAUUUCUAAGCCUAGUUGGGAAUUCUUUUGGAUGUUCUGCAUCUGGGGAGAGAUUAGUUUCUGCAGCCAGAGAUGGUGAUGUUCAAGAGGCUAAGGCCUUAUUGGAAUAUAAUCCACGACUUGCAAGGUAUUCGACAUUUGGAGUUCGUAAUUCUCCUUUGCAUUACUCUGCAGCUCAUGGCCACCAUGAGAUAGUGUAUCUAUUGCUUGAGUCUGGCGUUGAUAUUAAUCUCAGGAAUUAUCGUGGUCAGACUGCAUUGAUGCAAGCUUGCCAACAUGGUCACUGGGAGGUGGUUCAGACUCUGAUUAUUUGUAAAGCCAAUAUUCAUAAAGCAGAUUACCUAAAUGGAGGUACUGCCCUCCAUUUGGCUGCUUUAAAUGGCCAUACUCGGUGCAUUCGGCUACUCCUAGCAGACUAUAUACCAAGCAUUCCUAACUUUUGGGCUAUAUUACAAGCAGGUGAUCGCAAAUCAAUCACAGAAUUUGAUCAACGUGGUAUUUGCGAGGUAAUUAACAAAACUUCUGAUGGAGGCAUCACUGCUCUGCAUAUGGCAGCAUUGAAUGGGCAUGUUGAAACUGUGCAGUUGCUCUUGGACUUGGGAGCUUCUUUGUCCGAGGUUACCGUAGAGGAUGGAACUACUAUUGAUUUAAUCGGUUCUGGUAGCACUCCACUUCAUUAUGCUGCAUGUGGUGGAAAUGCACAAUGUUGUCAAUUAUUGAUUGCCAAAGGUGCUAGUCUCACUGCUGAGAAUGCAAAUGGAUGGACUCCCUUGAUGGUUGCUCGUUCCUGGCAUAGAAGCUGGCUUGAGGACACCUUAAAAUCACCUCCAGCCGAAAAUUUACAAGUUCUUCCUUCGCCAUAUCUCUCCCUCCCAAUUAUGAGCAUUAUGAAAAUUGCUAGAGAAUGUGGAUGGAGGACAAGUGAAUUAGCACCUAUAUGCUUAGAUCCAUGUGCAGUUUGUUUGGAAAGGAAAUGUAUGGUCGCUGUUGAAGGUUGUGAUCAUGAAUUCUGCACACAAUGUGCAUUGUACCUUUGUUCUACAAACUCAGCUUCAACUAGCAAACAUGGUCCCCCAGGUUCAAUUGCAUGUCCUCUCUGUCGCCAUGGCAUAGUCUCAUUUGUUAAACUUCCACACACAAGACCACUACCAAAAGUAAUGCAAAGGACAACAACAAACUUGUCCUUAACAUCAUUUUGCACGUGUUCAAGUGAAGUACUUGGUGAUUCCAAUGACAUCACAACACCAUUUUGCAAACCAACAUCUUCACGUGUAUCCAAAACUUCUUCUUCCCCUUCAAGAAAAUUUCGUUCAUUGAGUUGUCAAUUCUCUUCUUUCAGAAUCAACUCUAGUCUUUGUUUGGGAGCUGAUGUCACUCCUUCAUUGGUUCCUUGCACAAGUGUGAGUAGAAACUUGAGGAACCAUUUGACAAGAUGUUCUGGUUCUUCUGGUUCUGGUUUUGGAAGAUCAAGUUCUCAAUCUGAGAGAAGGAAAUCAUCUUGGUUUUGUUCACUCAAUCAAUCUGUUUCUACUGGAAGUGGAUGCUGAUUAAUUAUAUUCCUUCUUUUUUUGACAUUUUUAUGCUUUUCAUUUUAUCAUCACACAAAUAUAUAAAAGCAGUAUCAUAUUCAUCUAAGUUAUAAAAUUUAUAUUCAUGAGAGUAUCAUACACUGUUGACAAAUUAUAUAUUAGCUUGUAAAUAACAUCACAAUUGUUGAACAAGCAAUCCCUUGUUUUGGCAACAAGUUUGUAUUAAUCAUAGUACUCCUUUCAUGUGUA